AUGACUAUCAAACACAAUAUAUUCAUUGUCGUUGUUCUUAUUCAUUUUAUUGUUUAUCAGGCAAAUAGCGUAUCACCAGUUCCUGGUAGAAAAGUUACAACGGCAUAUGGAGUGAAAGGUAAGCUUUGGGUACUUGGUUAUCAUACAGGAGCUGACUAUGCAUGUCCUAUUGGAACAAAAGUGGUAGCAACCAGAGAUGGAGUUGUUAAAAAUAUAAACUGGGGUGCAGGUUUAGGAAUACAUAUCAUAAUUGAAUCCAAAGAUGCCAAUGGCAAAUCGGUUCGACAUUUAUAUGCACAUCUAAGUAAAAAAUUGGUGAAAGCUGGUGAUAAAGUUAAAGCUGGACAAGAAAUAGCCAAAAGUGGAAACACAGGGCAAGUUACUGGCCCACAUCUUCAUUAUGCAGAACGAGUAUCACCAUUUGCUUAUGCUAAUCAUCGGAAACCACAAUAUAAUUCGUAA